AUGCGCGAUGUAAAUAUCAAUCACUCAUAUGCGGUUUUCAAAACGUUUUCGGUUGAGCCAAACAUUAACAAUGAAAUCUGCGAGAAGGAAUCGUAUAUCCCUUACUUCUUUGUUCUGAUUGCCGCGCGUGAAAUGGGAUAUUACCCUAGUUCCUCACAGAUUGAAUCAUUCUUGACACGUAUUCCUUCCUCUUCGGACGGUGGAAUUUAUUUUUCGCAAUUUUUGCAGCUUUGUGAGGAGCUUGUAGACACACGUGACAUGUGCAUGGCUGCCGUACAUCAAUUCGCGUACGAACUAGAGAAUAAGAAUGGAAGUAGUAUAUUCACAACUAAAGAGUUGAUUGGUACGUUAAAUUCACCGGCAUCUUCAAUGUCUCAACAAGAAAUUGAGGCGGUAAUUAGAUUGCUAGAUCCAAAGCAAACCAAUCACGUCUCUUUAGAGGCGUUGGUGAUUGUGUUAAUGCGCCAUCAGCGCCCAUUAGGUGAAAUGCCCUGCCGAGAUAUUAUUUCGCGGGGUACUGAUGUUCAGUUAGUUAAAAGUGAGCAUUCAGUGAUACCCUUUUCUCAACUGUCUAAGGACUCGUUUAACAGUAAUAAUGCAAAUGUUUUUGAGUUGUCUCCAUCUUCCAUACAUAAGGCUUCGUAUCUCUCAAUAAUGCCCCCCAACCACAAGAAAGUGAUACACCAUAUGGAUGCGCAGGAGUCUGAAAACGACCACAACCUUCAGCAUACUGAUCUUUACUCACACAUAGCGUCGCAUGUUGAUUUAAAAGCCUCAUCCACCUCAAAGCAUCAUUUUGUACGUAGCCCAACUGAUAUGAACAUGACAGUUGACCCAUCGACAGGGUCUCAGAAAUUACAGAGAAACACAGGUGGUUCUAAUCUUAAAAAGAACGGCAACAUACCAAUAUCAUCCUCUCUUAGUGAAGCUAACACUAAUACUUUAAAUAACUUGAGGAAAGAUCGGAAUCAUAAUUCUCCUUCGACACGAAGGAUUUGCGAUUUAUCUGGUAAUGCUUCUACUUUGGGAACCCCUUCUACAUCAAAGGGGAAAAAUUAUGAGCUGUUAACGAAAAAAACAAAAGAUAACCGACCGAGUUGUUGCAUCAUAUGUUAA